UAUGUCUAAUUGUCUACCUACUCUAUGUCUAUGGUACAGUUUAGAAAACCAAGCUGAAAUAUUUUUAACUUAGAAAAGAAGGUUGAUGAAGAAAGAAACAUUUAAAUUAGAUUUAUAAGUUAUAUUUGUUGAUUAAAAGUGAACUAACAUUCACGAGCAGUUAUCUGCACUCUUAAAACAUGGAUGAUGAAGCAAGCUCUGAUUUACAGAAGUGUUUAUCGGAGGAGCAAAUGGAUACCGACGAGGGGCCAUUGAUUAAUGAAAAUUCGAAUGGACUGUCGCAUUUAUUGACGGACGGCGAAUUCAAUAGCGUGGACGCCGCGGUCGACGAUUCCUCGACUUCUAAUCAAGCUUUCCUCAACGCAGUGGAACUGUCGACGGGCAGCGUCGGUGACUACUUGGACAACAACACAGAGGGGUUUAAUACCGACUCCUUCGACGUCGGGGACAAUGCUGUCAACUUUCCCAGUGAUUCUUUGAAUAACGUGCUUUCGGACGGAGAUUCUCGUUUGAGCGCGACUUACAAAAUGAAUGAGGUGGAGUUAGAUCUCGCAGAGAAUCAGAAAACAGACACUGAACUCACAAGUGAGCCUGAUCUCAUUCACAAUACAGACACAGUGAGCGAUAUAGCUGGAUCUGAAGAUGUCUUAAACCAAAAUAAUGCUGAUCUGGAGAUGGAACAAGAGGUUAGUGGGGAGGCAGAUAAUAGUAAUGAGGCAGAGAUUAUUGGGGAAGAGUUAAUUGAUCAGCCAACUGAGAAUGAUAAUUCUCAGCCAAUAAAGGAAACAUUACAAGAAACUGAUGAUAAAGUUGUGACACAAGACAGCAUGGAAGAAAAAGAGCCACUAGCAAAAAAUCCUGAUGCAGGCAUUGAAAGUGAAGAGAACAGUCUAAAUCUUGACAAUCUUGAAACAACUGAACAGAAAGAAAACACAGAAAAUGACAAAAUUGCCAUAGAAAAUGAAAUUUCCCAAGAUAAGGAGAAUGUUGAGGCUACACCACAACCACAAACUAAAGAAAAAAAAAAAACUGAAAUUGACACAACAGAGAAACCUGUAUCUGAUGAAAAGAUGGAAACUGAUGUACAAUCUGAAGCUGUUAUUAAAAAGAAAGGUGGUGGUGCUGAAGAAACAGAGGUUGUUUCUGAAGAUGAACUGCCUACAGUGCAGAAGCCGAGUGUGAAGGAUGCUGAGAAUGUCUCUGACGAUGAGCUGCCGGGCCCUAAGCCUGCAGACCUCCCAGCUGAUACUGAGGUAGUAUCAGAAGAUGAAUUACCAGCAUCUAAGAAAGAUUCUCGUAAACGUAAAACAACUGAGACUAAAGAUGGCUAUGAUCCCGGCUCACCAACAUCUGAAAGUGAAUCAGCUGGCAAGAAACAAGCAGUCGCAAAGAAUGGUGAAAGUAAACCCGUGCCAGCUGAGAAGAGACCGUCUGUAGAUGACAAACCGAAAAAGAAAACUCUGCCAGAGUUGGACAAGUACUGGAAAGUUGUCAAUGACGAACCAACAGAUUUCACCGGAUGGACAUAUUUAUUGCAGUAUGUCGACCAAGAGAGCGACGUGGAGGCGGCGCGCGAGGCGUACGACGCCUUCCUCUCGCACUACCCGUACUGCUACGGGUACUGGCGCAAAUACGCCGACUACGAGAAACGUAAAGGAAGUAAAAAGAAGUGCCUCGAGGUGUUGGAAAGGGGACUUAAGGCAAUCCCCCUAUCGGUGGACCUUUGGAUACAUUAUCUGAAUCACAUUAAGGCCACCAAAACCGAUGACCAUGCCUUCAUCAGAGCGCAGUACGAGAGGGCAAUAGAGGCUUGCGGCUUGGAGUUCCGCUCGGACCGGCUGUGGGAGUCGUACAUCAAGUGGGAGGCGGAGAACGGCUCGGCGCUGCACGUCACCGACAUCUACGACCGGCUGCUGGCCACGCCCACCCUGGGGUACACCUCGCACUUCGACAAUUUCCAAGAGCACGUGAUGUCGGAGCCGGUGGCGGGCGUGGUGUCGCGCGCGGAGCUGGUGCGGCUGCGCGAGGAGGUGCGCGAGACGGCGCCCGCGCAGCCGCCGCCCGACCUGCCGCCCGGCGAGGACGAGCCGCUCGACCACAUCGCUUCAGAGGAAGAAGCUCAAGCAAUUAAAGAGCGCAUUAUAGCGUCUCGCAGAAAAAUACACAAGACGACCGGCGAGGAGGUCGCCGCGCGGUGGACCUUCGAAGAGGGGAUAAAACGGCCCUACUUCCACGUGAAACCGCUGGAGCGUUGCCAGCUGAAGAACUGGAAGGCGUACCUGGAGUGGGAGAAGCAGCACGGCUCACUGAAGCGCGCGCUGGUGCUGCACGAGCGCUGCCUCAUCGCUUGCGCACUCUACGAAGAGUUCUGGAUGAGGCUCAUAAAGUUCCUGGAGGAUCGCGCGGCGUCUCACCCUGAGCUGGUCGGCGUGCAGCGCGAGGUGCUGGAGCGCGCCUGCACCGUGCACCACCUGGACAAGCCGGAGCUGCACCUGCACUGGGCGCACUUCGAGGAGGCGCAGGGCAACCUGUCCAAGGCGGCCGACAUCCUCGACCGCAUCGAGAAGACCUGCCCGCACCUCGUGCAGAUACAGUACCGCACCCGCACCGGGGCGCGCUCACCCUAUACCGUCGUCCGCAGACGCAUCAACCUGGAGCGCCGGCGCGAGGACUACGACAAGUGCGUGCAGCUGUACGAGGGCUACAUCGCGUCCGCCAAGAGCAAGGCGGUGUCGUCCGCGCUCGCCGUCAAGUACGCGCGCUUCCUGCAGCACGUGCGCCGCGCGCCCGCAGCAGCGCGCCGCGCGCUCGACGACGCGGUGGCGCGCGACCCGCUCAACGCGCGCCUGCACCUGCAGCGGCUGGACCUGGCACUGCAAACGCCCGACACGCCCUACGAACAGCUGGAAGAGCUGGUGAUGAGCUACGAGCAGCAGGAGGGCGCGGAGGCGGAGACGUGCGCGGCCAUGGCGUGGCGGCGGCGCGAGCUGGCCGACGAGCUGGGCUCGGCCGCGGCCGCGCGCGCCGCGCACACGCACGCGCGCACGCUGCACAAGCACCUGCGCAAGCGCGCGCGCGCCGCCAAGCACGACGCGCCCGCGCACCACCCACCGCCGACAGAGCCGGCAGCUAAGAAGAAGGAGAGCAGCGCGCCCGCGCCCACCGCCACCACCAGCGGCGCCACCACGUACUAUCAGACGCCGCCCGCCGCCGCGCAGCAGUCGUACGACCAGUCGUACGCGCAGCAGCCCUACCAGCCGCCGUGGGGCUACCAGCAGCCGCCCGGCCCCUACCCGCACCACCCGCACCACCCGCACCCCUGGCCGCAGUACCCCAACUACUAUUAAUGCACGAACUACUCGACGUAUAUUAAAAAAAAAAAAAUACAUGGAGUAAAGGUUGAAGCCUCAAUUUUCUUCAAAGUAAAGUGGACCCUAAGUACUACUAUUUAAAGUUCACUUUACUUUGCAUAUACUUGAUGUUUAAAACUUUGGCCAUGUUUAUAAAUAUGGCUGGCAUGUCAAAAGUCGACAUCUCAUUUCUCGGUAAUCGUAAUGGGGAUGAUGACUAGGUUUGAAUAUAUUGAUUUUUAUGAUACGUUCGGGUAAAUAAUGUCAUUGUUAAGUAAUUUAUACAUAAAAAGCAAAUAUUGUCUGGAUAUUUGCAAAAUAAAUAAGAUUAUACAAUUUCAAAAUCUAUUAAAAAUCUUCUAUCUUUUUAUUUUUGUAAUUAGAUGAAAAUUCAUACAGUUUAAGCUUCCUUACAUUAAAUGUGACAUUUUUCAAUAUCUGAACAUUAAACACAAACGUACAAAUAACAUAGAUAUUAGUAAUUAUGUUUGAACGCCCAUACGAAUCUAACGAUCUCUAUGACUUUAGACGUCAUUAAAUCGUACCAUUUUUUAUGGGGCGUUUUUCAGGGACCCGCGGCAGCGCCGCAAAUCUGACCCUUUAAAUCCCUGUAGCUCCGAAAGUAAUAAUCGCAGAUAACCUGUUACUUUUAUAAAAUUGCUUUACUAUUCAAAUAAAAAUCAUCAUCCCUAUUCUCUUCAAAGUAAAGUGGACCCUAAUUACUACUAUUUAAAGUUCACUUUACUCUGAAGAUAAUUGAUGUUUAAAUCUUUGUCCAUGUUUUAAAAAUAUGUCUGGCAUGUCAAAAGUCGACAUCUCAUCUCUCGGUAAUCGUAAUUGACUUUAAAAAUCCCCAAGAAAUGUGGAUAAAGAUACAUUCAGAUGUAUGCAGAUGUCUAAAAAAAUUACAUCUAUGUUAGUAGUGAAUGUAAAGAUGUUUUUAAAUUUACAAAGGGGUGCAAAGAAUUUUGUCAUAGGCCACUGAUCAUCAAACCCCUUUCUGGCUUAACCACCGAACCUAUUAUGACGAUAUAUAUACACAAAUAGUUUUCAUCCUGAUGGCAUACUUAAAAUACUUUUUUUAUCGUAUAAUUUAAAGAGUUCUCGCGGGUUCUUUAAAAUCUAUAAUAAUAUGCGGACGUCAAGUACUAUGUAAAAAUAGUUAAUUUUUUUCCAUAUGAAAAAAAAAAACAUACAUACAGCCGAAUGUAGAACCUCCUCGUUUUUGGAAGUUUGUUAAUAAUAACUCUAUUUUAUAUAAUUAAUAUGAAUAUAAAGAUAGUCUUUUGUGCCUCCGAACGAAUAUAGGACAAUGCAAUGUAGUAUGUGUUGCUACAAAGAUAGCAUAUAUUUUUGAUCUUAUCAUCGUUUAUCCAUCUGCCAUAUGCAAACUCAGUCAACUAAUAUUAUUUCAGCGCCUCACCAGUUAGUCAGGGAUCCCUAGAACAUUUUGUGCACCUGAUUACUAACAAGCUAAUUUUUCGUGAGUAGCUUCAUAUUUUUUUUUACUGUUGAUAAAUUAAUAGUUUUACAACUUAACAGCCACAAUGACCUACAAAUUGCGUGGUACAUUAUCUCGUUUCGACGCUUUGAAAUUUUCAUUUCCUGGUAAUCCAGCUAGCUACCAGAAUCAAGAAUUUUCGUAAAUAAAAAAAGUUGAUCGUCUCAUUGAGAUGAAGCUACUCACGAAAAAUUAGCUUGUUAGUAAUCAGGUCUACAAAAUGUUCUAAGGAUCCCUGACUAAGUGUUCUCUGUGUUUGUAAAAAUGUUCGACGAAGUUGAUAAAUACCAGUA